UUUACGGCCUGAUUAUGUAAACGACUUAUCUGAUGUAAACGUUUGAUAAAGCAGUUACAGUCUUCAGUACGAAACAUUUAGCCAACAGUUAAAUUAGAAUAGUCCAAGUUUUCAGAGUUUUGCAGUCAUGACUGAAGAAACGUGGGAUGUUGUUAUUGUCGGCGCUGGGCUGUCAGGACUGAGUGCUGCUCAGACUCUGCGGAAGAGAAAUGGCAAACUCAGAAUAUUAAUUCUGGAAGGAAAAGACCGGGUAGGAGGACGAACUGUUACCCAGGAAUUAGCUGCCACCCACGGCAUUGAUCGCUGGGACAUGGGAGGGCAGUGGGUUGGCAGCACUCAGAAAUACGUCAUGGACCUCAUUCAGGAGUUUGGCAUGGAGGUCUACACACAAUACACUAUAGGCAAGAAAGUGCACCACGUUGGUGGUCCUCAUGCCAAGGUUCGCACCAGCAGCACCAGUAUCCCUGCCCUCUCUACACUGGUGCUACUGGACCUGUCACAGCUCGUUGUUGCAGGUCACAACCAAGCCACAAGGUAUUCUAACUCAGUAGUUUUCAAACCUCUCCUCUGGGACCUCCAGACAUUUCACAAUUGUGUUAUUGACAGGUUGAGUUCCACAGUGUCAGUGGAGGACCCCAUGAAGACCCCCAAUGCCCAGGAGUUGGACAGUAUGACCAUACACUCCUACAUAGAGAAACAUGCCUGGACAGAAGAGAUGUAG